AAUUUAACGCGAACCUUUAAAAUGGCGCCUAUGUCAAUAAAAAUGAAUGGCGUAAUUUUUGCUCUUUUACCCCUAUUUUUUAGCCAAGUUAUAACAUCAAACCCAGGCGGUUUGAGGCAAUGCUAUUGUCAUGAUUGUCCAAAUGAGACUUGUAUAUUGCAAUCUGGAGGAUUGUGUUUUGCAUAUACUAUUCAGGAAGACGAUAACCCAGAUCCCGAAAUGGGAGCAUGGGAAUUUGGCUGUUUAGAUGGUCAUAAAAAAGUUUCUAGUACCAGUAGACACAACUUAUCAGAUGCUUCCUUUCUACAAUGUACUAUCAAUAGCAAUGCUCAAUUUUUAAUUGCCCAAGGGAUCGGGUGCUGUAACAACUAUGAUCUAUGCAAUAGAGAUUUAAGAGUAAAUUAUAGUUCGAAAUCAACGGUGCUACCUGCAGAGUCGAAUAAAGAGUUCUUGUUAAUAGUAAUAACACCUGUAGCAUGUGUUGGUACAUUUCUCACUAUUAUAGUAUGUUUUUGUCUUCGACGACAAAGACUGCACAAUCCAAAGAAAGAAAAGCUCUUAAAUCAACCAAAUGAAUCUCUCGAUAGUAGUAAGGGUAUACAUCAUCUGAUAGAUGCCUCUACCGGUUCUGGUUCAGGACUACCUGUUCUUGUUCAAAGAACGAUUGCCAAAGAGCUAUGUCUUUUAGAAAAUGUUGGGAAAGGUCGUUUUGGCGAAGUGUGGAAAGCGAGCUGGAGGGGUGAAAAUAUUGCAGUAAAAAUCUUUUUCUCGACAGAAGAAGCCAGCUGGAAGAGGGAAACGGAUAUUUAUCAAACUGUCUUAAUUAGACACGAGAACAUAUUAGGCUUUAUCGCAUCGGAUAUCAAAGGAACUGGAUCGUGGACUCAAUUAAUGCUUAUAACGGACUAUCAUCCUCUUGGUUCUCUUUAUGAUUACUUAAAGGAGAAUGUACUAGAUAAAAAUGAAGCACUUAAUAUUCUCUAUUCGAGUGCAAACGGAUUAAAUCAUCUCCAUUCAGAUAUAAUAGGGACAAGGGGAAAGCCAGCAAUGGCUCAUAGGGACGUCAAAAGUCGUAACAUACUGGUAAAACAUUCAGGAGUGUGCUGUAUUGCAGAUCUUGGAUUGGCCGUAAAAUACGACAGUGAAACAAGAAAGUUAGAUAUACCUAUAAAUCGUACAAGACAAGGUACAAGACGUUAUAUGGCUCCUGAAAUCUUGAAUGAAACUCUCGACCAAACAGCAUUAGACGCUUUUAAACAAGCGGAUGUUUACGCAUUCGCCUUAGUAAUGUGGGAAGUAUAUAAAAGAGUUUCUUGGAACAAUGAAGCAACAGAGGCUUGUCUUCCUUAUUACGAGUUUGUUAGGCCCGAUCCAUCAAUUGAAGACAUGUACGACGUUGUGUAUAUUAAAAAACAGAGACCAAAAUUAAACUGUGAUCAUUCGAUCCCACAAGACACUAUUAAUCCUAUUAAUAGACUAAUACAAGAAUGUUGGCAAGAAACUCCAGCUGCAAGAUUGUCUAUGUUACGAGUUAAGAAGAAUAUACAUAAGCUUUUACAGACUGAACAAGUUUAA